AUGGUAUCCCCUUCCGCCGAGAAGCGUGCUGCUCAGCCUAAGCCAGAGCCUACCACCGCAGAGUCCGUCACCGAGAAGCAGGCCCCAAAUAAGGACAAGAAGGAUCCUUCUGAGAGUACUGAUGCAUACCGCAAGUUUGUGGCCGCCAAUGCUGUCAUUACGAAGAACAAGCAGCUCGCCAAAGCGCCGGCCAAAGCCGAAGCCGAACCGAAGACUCGUCUGGAGGUGCUUUACGCGCAACAUAUACGGGCUCCAAAGCGCGCGAAGGCACCUCAGGUUACUCGCAAGCCAGUCCUCGAGUUGCCGAAGAAGGUGGGUACUAAGGCUGAAGAUUUGUUCAAGCAGCAGACCGAUAACGUCGACGCGGAGGACUCCGACGCCUUCACAGACGCCGAUGCACAAGCCAAAGAAGAGGCGAGCAAGCUCACCGCAUGCAUUUCGAAGGGCGAUCGCGACGCUCAGCUGCUCACCAUCGGCAUCGACAAUAGUGCUGGUGGCGCGAGCAAGAAGCGCAACUACAAGAAAUUCGAGAUCGAUGAGGACACUGACUCCGCGAAGCUGGCUAAGAAGGUGAUGGCAUCGUUCGUGUUUGUGGACCUGGAUUUCAAGCCAAAGCCCGUCCCGCACCCGCAUCCUCAUGCCAAGAAAAUGAAGAUGGCCUGGGGCAAAGCUGCCUCUCCGCGCAUGACGAAGGAGAAGGGUGACAUGAAGCCAGAACAUUCAGACGAGAGGACCGAGCACAGGGCCCGCAAGAAGCCGGCCAGGAAGACGGUCCCGCGUACCGCCUUGGACUACGCCUGCGGAGGCGAAGAUGGAGAAGAAUGUGGCGGAGGAGAAGAAGCCGGUAAUGAACAAGAACCUGACGGAGGUUCUUGACAAGUCAAACGGGGAGAAUCUGCCGGGUAUGCGGACAAAAAUUACGGCGGCGCAGAAGGACUCGCAAGGCUGCCAAGGCAGCGAAGAAGUAGGGUUUGAGGUGUAGCUGCUGGAGUUUUGGCUCGAAAGUGUGCAUACGAUGACAUACUGAGGUACAUUAU